GUGAAAGGCAUCGAGCGAGCAGACCUACUUCCGUGGAUUCUACCAAGAACAAGGAUCCCCCAACGACUCUGUGUUUUUCUUCUCUUCAAGACCAAUGCGUUUUUGAGGGUUAGCUGUUGGGAAAGGAACGAGAACCGGAAGCAAUGGACGCCAAGAACGUCCUUCCUUCCGCAGCACGAAGCGCCUCCCUUCCCGCCUCGUCUUCCGCAGGUUCGCUCCUUAUACGAGCUCCUCCUACUCUCGACGACGACGACGGCGGCGGCGGCGGCGGCGAGGGCGACUCUGAUUUCGAGCCGGAAGCUUCGGGAGACGAUAUUCAGUAUGGCGCUAGUUGCAGCGAGGAAAGCAGCGAGAGAGGCGGCUCUGACUGCGAGCACUUGUUCGCUGGCGGGGAUGACUUUGAAACGGCGUCCGUGAGGCCGUUCGUCGCGGACCCAGAUGAGGAAACGUUGGAUGGAGGUGAGGGAAUCGCGGAAGAUCGAAUCUUUAGGCCCUUUGUGGCAUCCUCAGGUGCAAACUUACUAGGAAAUUGCUUUGGGGAGGAGAUGGGUAGUGAUGUUGAUGAGUACUAUUCUGUGGCAGAGACUGCAGCAGUGUAUGGCCGUGAGCCCAUUGUUGACCAGGUUAUGCCUAUUGCAAGGCUGUCCAUAGAUUUUGACGAUGAGGAGGGCGUGAUGGGCAGUGAAGAAAGUGGGGAUGAGGAGGGCUUGAUGGGCAGUGAAGAAAGUGGGGAUGAGGAGAUCGUGAGAGCUGUGAAAGUUCCAGGUUUCAACGGGUCUGAGAUGGCAGGGAGUGCACCUAGAAUUAGGGUAGCGGUGGAUGAAGAGGAGAGAGAUGAGGGUGAGAUAAGUUUGAUCGUUGGGGAUGGAAUUGAGAUACAUAGCACUUCUGGUGAGUAUAUAGGUGAGAAUGGUGGCCUUGCUUCUAUGGGGCAUGCAUGGGUUAUGCCUCUGCAGGGUGAGGAAAGAAUUUUCAUUGAGCAGAAUUCCCGAAUGCUAGCAAAUUUCAAAUAUCUAAGUAGCGAAGGUGGAAGAACUGAGGGUGCAGAUAGCCAUCAAUCAAAUGAUGAGAGGUUAUGGGAGCUGAAGAAUGGAAAAUUGAGUGAUGCUGAUCUUGUGGAAAAAUGUGAAACAAAUCUGGCUUCUGAGGCAAUGCAACUGAAUUUCGAGGAAUUAGAUUUCAGUAGGAGCAAGAUAGGGAAGCCAAGCUUUAAUUGUAUAGUUGAAGAACCUGAGGCGGGGAAAGUUGGUACUUAUGAUGCAGGUCUCACUCUUGAAGACCACUUGAAUGAUGAGACACCUCAUUUGCAAAUAGUUUCAGAGGGCCCUGAAGUUGCAGGGGAAGUUAAGCACUUGGAUGACGCUUAUUACAAAAACAGUACCAAUGCAAGUCAGGAGGCUACUGCAAUGAAUAUAAAGGAUGCUGAAGCUAAUGAUGAAAUGGGUUCGUCAGAUCAGGCAUUGCAUGAUCCUCGUAAUCUCCUUCAUUCUGUGUUUGCAUUUUCCCCUUCAGAUGAUGAACCAGAGUUGGAAGGAACGGAUGUGGAAAAUGAAGCAUUAAAUAAAACAAGGGGAGGUGAAAAGAGCUUGCUAGACAAUGGAGGGUUCGACAAUUUGAUAUUUGGUAAUUCUGAAAUCACUCACCUGGUAAUGAGUGAUCUAGAAGACAAAUUCGCAUCCUGUAUCCUCUCAAAUCCAGUGAUUUCGCAAGUUUAUCCAGCAAUGAAUGAUGGCCAUACUGUUUGUCUCUGAAUCAAUUGAAGAAGACGGAUCCUAUGUUUAUGGGGGCAGAAUCUGUUAGUUGACUUGGACAUCUUGGGAGAUCUUCUCAAAGCAUCUUCUUGUACUGAAUCAGAGGAGAAUCUUAGCAAAGAGGAAAAUAAGCGCCUUCAGGAUGUGCAUCUGUUAAAGGUAAAACUCUUAAGACUUGUCCACAGACUAGGCUAUUCUCGGAAAAUUCCAUAGCUACACAAGAAUUGUACCGUAAUGCCCUAACCAUAGGCGGCCACUCUAGUCAAGCAUCUCGCUUCAAAUCAGCCAAAAAGUUGGCAAUGCAGCUUGAAGCUGAAGGUGGUAGUAUAGACUUGUCAUUGAACAUCCUGGUCAUUGGAAAAACAGGCGUUGGAAAGAGUGCGACCAUUAAUUCCAUUUUGGGAGAAAAGAAAGCCAAGGUCAAUGCAUUUGAGCCUGCGACCGUCACUGUGAAAGAGGUUCUCGGAAAUAAGGAUGGUGUGAAAUAUAGGUUUAUUGAUACACCAGGUCUUAGAUCUUCUGGUACUGAGCAAUCUGUCAACCAGAGAAUACUAUCAUCUAUUAAGAAGUUCACCAAAAGCUUUCCACCCGAUGUUGUUAUGUACGUCGACCGUCUGGAUUGCCCAACGAGUGAUCUUGCUGAUCUGCCAGUUCUGCGAUUUAUCACCAGUUCGCUUGGUUCAAUAAUAUGGCAUAAUGCCAUUAUCGUGCUCACCCAUGCCUCAUCUACUCCCCCGGAUGAACCAACUGGAUUACCUUUCAGCUAUGAAGACCUUGUAGCUCAGCGAUCCCAUGUUAUCCGGCAAUGCAUCAGCUAUGCAAUUGGUGAUACGCAUGCAGUUAAUCCAAAGCCUCCAGUGUUUCUAAUCGAGAACCAUUUUUCUGAAAAGAAUGAGCCCGGAUGUGCAGAUCUUCCCAGUGGACAAUGUUGGAGAACGCAGUUGUUGAUCUUAUGCUAUUCAUUGAAAAUUUCAAGCGAAGCUUCGUCUCUGUCAAAACCUCAAGAAUCAUUAGAUCUCCGUAAGAUUUAUGACUUCUGCAUCCAGUCAUUUGCCUUACUUGUUGUCUUCUCUAUUGCAACCUCGCAUUCACCCAAGACACUCCACUGAUGAGGGUGAAAAUGACCUGAACUUUGAGCUCAAUGAUUUGUCCGAUUUGGAUGAAGGCAACGGAUGAUUAUGAUCAAUCGAAGCCCUUCGGGAGGGUCUCAGAUGGCGACACUGAUAAAAGAAUAGAUGGACAUUUAUUUUGUGGAGUACAUCUUCUUGUGCCAUUCAGAUUAUCCUCUUCGAUUCCUCUAAUUGUUCAGAGAGCUGUGAGAAAAUGGACAAGCAUGCAUGAGCUGACACGCGAACACCGGGAAGCCGCAUCAUCUGAAACUGUCGAGGGAGAGAACAAAGUGAAAAGCUUGGAGAAUUAUAUAGAGCAGCUGUAGGAUGUCCGGAACUUUAUCAGACGAAAUGUAGCUGCCGGUCUCUAUUAUGAUGAUCCAUCAGAUAGGAUCAGAUACGGAAGCUCCUUUGAUUUUAUUAGGAGUAGUUUCGAUUUGGGGGAGAAUCUUCAUCAUGUGACCUUUGGGGGAGCAUCUGUUAGCUUGUUCAAGACCCAUCCUGUGGUGCUGAUCUGAGCCGGCGGUCUGACCCAUACCCGAUCAAGCCGAUUGAAUCAGCCAGGCCGGUUUUGAAAAGACCAGUCGUGGCCAAAAACUUGUUCCAAAAGAAUAGUAAGAAAUGUUCCACGACGUUGUAAAGAGGACUGAGGCAGCUUUGUUAAACGAGCAACUUGAUGUUAUACA